UCUCAGUCAACAGCAUUGGCUGCAACGUCUUGCAGGGCGUGCGUGGUCGCGCGUCGGAGGCCUUCCCAAAUUUCUGCCCCGCAAACAGACAUCCUUCGAAGACCCGAACAUCCUUCCUCGGCCAGUCCAGCACCAUGGCCGACCAAACAGCUCAAUCAAUUCCCGAUGAGCUGGACAUUUUCCCACCAUGGGUCCUCCGCGUGGGUGAUUUCUACCAGGAGCACCGCGUUACGUUUUUGGUAGCCUUCGUUUCUAUCUGGGCUUUCAUGUUUUAUCGUCAAUCCAUCAGACCUUCUGUCUAUGAGCCUGGUUUCAAGAGCACGGAUGAGAAGAACGAUGGUGCGGCCCAGGAUGUGAACACGGAGAAGAGCGCGGAGAAGGAAGUGGACAGCAAAGAGGUGCAGAAGGAGGAUGGCGCAGCUGCUGGAAAGAAGGCAAAGGGUCAGAAGAAAUUUUCGGGACGUGGAAAGGUCACAAAGAAAGCCAAGCGCACCUCCUCUUCCGACGAGGAAUCCACCACAGCUCCCACCACCGUCUCCUCCACCCCUGCCAACCUGACCCCUACCACCACCGACGACACCGAAACCUCCUCCGGCCCCCGCGUCCGCAUCUUCUUCUCCACAAUGACCGGCCAAACCGAAAAACACGCCACAGCCCUCCACCAACACCUCAUCUCUCUUCUCCCCCCCGCCAACCGGCCCACCCUCCAGAACCUGGACUACCUCCCCGACCUGGACGAACUCUUCACCUCACCCGAUGGUCCCUCGACUUACUACAUCUUCCUCCUUCCCUCGUACGCCAUCGAAUCCCCGGUCGAGUUUUUGUUGAGUACGAUGGAGGAGACAUAUAACGAUUUUAGGGUUGGUGCGAAGCCGUUGAGGGGGUUAGGUGGGUUUGCGGUCUUUGGGACGGGAGAUAAGGAGAGCUGGGGUGGCGAUGACGAGUUUUGUUACCAGGCUCUCCAAGUCGAUAGAUGGCUCGGCAAGCUCGGUGGAAAACGUGUGUUUCCGGUCGGCAUGGGAGAUGUCAAAACUGACGUGAAGGAAAGGAUUGGGGAAUGGGCGGGGGGUGUUGCGGAUGCCUUGCUGGAUCCUGAGCAGAAUUAUGUUGAGGACGCGAGUGAUGAGAGUGAUGUGGAGGCUGAGGCGGAGGAUGAGGAGGCUGAGGCGAAUAAGCUUGUUGAUGUGGAGGACAUGGGUGCGAUUAUGAAGAGGUCGAGGGAUGCGGCACUCUCCACUGCACCGAAAGAGAUGGUCUCGAAGGCGUCGCCGACGUAUGCGGCACUUACGAAGCAGGGAUACAAGAUCGUCGGAAGUCACUCUGGUGUCAAGAUCUGCCGGUGGACGAAGUCUGCCCUUCGUGGUCGUGGAUCAUGCUACAAAUUCUCCUUCUACGGUAUCAAGUCCCACUUGUGCAUGGAGACCACCCCAUCCCUCGCAUGUGCCAACAAAUGUGUGUUCUGCUGGCGUCAUGGCACGAACCCUGUGGGGACAACAUGGAGAUGGAAAGUCGACCCGCCGGAGCAAGUGUUGGAGGGUGCGCUCGAGGGUCAUUACUCUAAGAUCAAGAUGAUGAAGGGAGUUCCCGGUGUCCGUGCGGAUCGUUUCCAGGAGGCGUUCCGCGUGAGGCACUGUGCUCUCUCACUUGUCGGUGAGCCGAUUUUUUACCCACACAUCAAUGAGUUCCUUGAGAUGUUGCACGCGAAACGCAUCUCGUCCUUCCUCGUCACCAAUGCACAACACCCCGACGCGCUCGCCAAAUUGGGCCAAGUCACCCAACUCUACGUCUCGAUCGAUGCUUCAACAAAGGAUUCCCUACGGAAAGUCGAUCGUCCUCUCUUCAAAGACUUCUGGGAGAGGUUCCUGGAGUGUCUCGAGAUCCUUGCCGACAAAGGCCAACGCACAGUUUACCGCCUCACCCUCGUCAAGGGCUUCAACAUCGAGGAAGUCGAGGAAUACGUCGAUAUCGUCCGUCGCGGUCGUCCCUGCUUUAUUGAGGUAAAGGGCGUAACCUACUGCGGUUCAUCUGAAGACUCGACACUAACGAUGUCUAACGUCCCCUUCUACCACGAAGUCGUCGACUUCGUAACCCAACUCACCACACGCCUCGCCGCCGAAGGCCUCUCCAUGCCUACAUAUGAAAUCGCCGCCGAACACGCACAUUCGUGCUCCGUCCUCAUCGGGCAAACAAAGUUCAAGAUUAACGACCAAUGGCACACUCAUAUCAACUAUGACCGAUUUUUCGAGUUGUUGGAGAGUGGAAAGCCAUUUGAUGUGAUGGAUUAUAUUGCGCCGACGCCGGAGUGGGCUGUUUUUGGGAAUGGAGGGUUUAAUCCGGAGGAUGUUAGGGUUGAUCGGAAGGGGAGGCCGAAGGUUGAGAAGGUUGUGCCGCAGGCGAAGAUUGUGGAGGUGCCGACUAUGUCUUAAGAUGUAUCGGAAAUUAGGGAUAUUAACAAUGUCAUGCUUUAAAUCUCGAAUUCUUGAAUCUUGAACUGCCAA